AUGUUUCAAGACAUUCAUUGUCUGGAAGACAUACCUGUUCCGAAUUCAUUACAGCCAACAGUAUUCAUCCAAAAUGCUCUUGUUCGACUUUCAAGUGAUGAAUGUAUAGAAAAGUUUUGUUCAAAUAUUAUAAACAAUGACAACUACAAAGAUCCAAGAAUCAUGGCGAAACUUGCCCAAGAAAUUGUCACACUGUCUCAGAUAAGACAUAAUAGGUUUGAUAUUAUUGUAAAACUGUGUAAAAAGCUGUUUUCGGAUAUUGAUUUCUAUAUGAAUCUUAGAAAUCGUAUAUUAGAGAGAAUAUUCAUAGAAAGCUCAUAUUAUUUGUUACUUUUGUUGUAUCGUGCAAACCUUUACGAUCAAUCCGAGAUUCUCGAUCAAAUCUAUCUUUAUCAGAGAUGCGACUUUGCCAUUUAUUUUGCACCUGAAUUCGGAUUAUUAGAGAUUACAUCAUUCAGACCUCCAAGAUGGGUCCGAAAAAUUCUCAAACACAUCGAUGUUUUCAGAGCAAAUGAUUGGGAACUGUUGAAAGAAUAUCGAGAAAUCGGUUGGAUGCCAGGAUCCAUUUAUGCAACUGUUAAAAGCGAUGACAUUGAGAAAUUGAUUACUUUUAUGCAAAAUUAUGAUUUCAAUCUCAAUUAUUAUAUUGAAGCAUCUAAAUUCGAAUCAUUUAGAAUCCCAAGAGUAACCACAUUCAUCUCUUUUGCUGCAAUUUUUGGUGCAAUUAAGUGUUUCAAACUCUUUUACAAUUUAGGAGCUGAAAUAACACAAAGCGUAAUGCAAUGUGCCAUAGCAGGCGGAUGCUAUGAAAUCAUUAGAAUCUGUUCCAGAGAAAUUUUGGCAAAUUUUGAUGCAGCAAUUGAGUAUAGAAGACAUGAUGUAAUGGAUUGGCUGCUUCAAAACAUGAUAUGUAAUGUCAAUUCAACCAUUUGCCUUGACUGGAAUAAUAUCCUUGCAGCACUUUACGUUUCAGAUUCCAAUGAGAAGAAUGAAUUGAUCGUUAAUGGUCUCAGUGAGAUUUCCAAAGGUCUUGCAAUAUCAUUAUCGGAUAUAUUUAUCUCAUCUUCAAUACCUACAUAA